UAUUCCCUCUCUUGGCCUUCCUCACUGCCUAACUCACCACCUGGGUGCGCGGGGCGUCUCCCUCCUCUACGCUUCUGCCAACGGUGGUGUGUCCGGCAACCAGGCAUCCAGCAAUUUGCUGCACGGAGUUCGUGCCUGUCUUCCCUACGAGCUGUCCCUAGUACGUGCGCCCCAGCCUGCUUCGUCCUUCUCUGACCUCUUCUAAUGUGACCACCGUCGGCGCGACGACCGAGCAGCCCACAGAGAUCGGAGCGAGCUUCUCCGGAGGCGGCUCCUCGAACCAGUGCUUCGUACAGACCGCCUACUAGUCCGCCGCCGUCGUCUCGUACCUCAGCGCGCCUGGGUCGAACUCGAGCAGGCUCUUGAACGCGACCGGCCGCGCGUACCCGGACGUAUCGGCGUACGGCACGCGGUACGACAUCAAGUCCAGCGCGGUGUUGUUCAUCGUGAGCGGGACGAGCUGCUCUACGCCGAUGUUCGCGGCAAUCGUCGCGCGGCUGAAUGACCAGCUGCUCGGCGCGGGCAAGAGCGUACUCGGGUUCUUGAACCUGUGGCUGUGUAGCACCGCGGCGGGUAUGGGCGCUCUGAAUGAUGUCGUGGGCGGGAACAACCUCGCGUGCAGCGGGGGUACGACUAGGUUCUACGCCGCGCAGGGAUGGGAUCCUGUUACGGGGCUCGGCACGCCGAGCUUCACCCUACUCGCAUCUGCGGCGGGCCUCUGAGCCAUGGAACAUAGUUUGAAACUUGACUUUGUCUCUUACCUUGUAUUCAAGCUUCAAGUUCUGUCGUGCAUGUUACGUGUUCUCUAUGGGACUUCCAGCUUACAUACAUGUUCUUUGUCACGGACAC